UCCUCACUCACUCGGCAAGCCAACUUUACUUUGCUCUGCUCAAAGAUAGGAGAGAGAGGUUGGAAAUGGAGGGGAAGGAGGAGGAUGUGAGGGUUGGGGCGAACAGGUUCUCGGAGAGGCAGCCGAUCGGCACCGCGGCGCAGGACAAGGACUACAAGGAGCAACCCCCCGCGCCGUUGUUCGAGCCUGGCGAGCUCAGUUCCUGGUCCUUCUACCGGGCGGGGAUCGCGGAGUUCAUGGCCACCUUCCUCUUCCUCUACAUCACCGUGCUCACCGUCAUGGGCGUCGUCAAGUCCAGCUCCAGGUGCUCCACCGUCGGCAUCCAGGGCAUCGCUUGGGCCUUCGGGGGCAUGAUCUUUGCCCUAGUCUACUGCACUGCAGGAAUUUCAGGUGGGCAUAUAAAUCCAGCAGUGACCUUUGGGUUGUUCUUGGCAAGGAAGUUGUCCUUCACUAGGGCAGUGUUCUACAUGGUGAUGCAGUGCUUGGGGGCCAUCUGUGGGGCAGGGGUUGUGAAGGGAUUUCAGAAGGGGGUGUAUGAGAGCAAUGGAGGGGGCGCAAAUGUGGUGGCUGUUGGCUACACCAAAGGGGAUGGCCUAGGGGCUGAGAUUGUCGGCACCUUCAUCCUCGUCUACACUGUCUUCUCUGCCACUGAUGCCAAGAGAAAUGCCAGGGACUCUCAUGUGCCUAUCCUUGCUCCCUUACCAAUUGGUUUCGCUGUCUUCCUUGUUCAUCUGGCCACCAUCCCCAUCACCGGCACCGGCAUCAACCCUGCAAGGAGCCUUGGGGCUGCGAUCAUCUACAACAAGAAGCACGCAUGGGAUGACCAUUGGAUUUUCUGGGUUGGCCCUUUCAUUGGAGCUGCUCUUGCUGCCUUGUACCACCAAGUUGUCAUCAGGGCAAUUCCAUUCAAGAACAGGCCUUGAGUUUUCUUCUUCCCCAAAGGAAAAACUCUCUUGGCCUUUUUGUUGUUGUAACAACCCUCCUAAUCUUUCCUCUGUCCUUUGAUCAUCCAUGGUGAUGUGUAUUGCAAGCUUCGGCAAGAUAUGAUUGAAUAAAUUAUAGGAGGUGUUCAUGUGAUGUAUCCUCCAUUAGCCA